AUGUUCUGUGAGGAGGGAUACCUUCCGUCUCAUUUACAGCAACAUCUAUCGCAAGCUUCGAGAGAUCAAAAACGAGUGGUGAACCAUCCUUGCAGAGAGAACUCAGCUAUGCGCAGACUUAGUAAUCAGAAAGAGACUGUGGAUGAUAAUGGAACGCCACAUCUGCCCCCAAAGUUCCUCAUAUUGGUCAUCCAACUGCACAAAGACCAGCGCAGCCAAGUCAGGUUGAACAGCGACCUAUCCGUACCCUUCCCUAUCGUCAACGGCGUGAAACGGGGUUGUGUCCUGGCACCGACCCUGUUUAAUAUCUUUUUCAGCAUGAUGCUUAAACAGACCACAGAAGACCUUGACGAUGACGAUGCUGUGUACAUCUGCUACCGCCUUGACGGCAAUCUGUUUAACCAUAAGAGACUGCAAGCCCACACGAAGACACUUGAGCAGCUGUUCCGUGACCCUUUCUUCGCCGACGACGCUGCCCUCGUUGCCCACACCGAAAGAGCCCUGCAGCUCCUAACAUCAUGCCUUGCAGGGGCUGCUCAACUCUUUGGACUCGAGAUCAGCUUGAAGAAGACGGAGGUCCUCCACCAGCCUGCACCCAGAGAAGAGUACUACCAUCCCCACAUAACCAUCGGCGAGACUGAGCUGAAAACAAUUCACCAGUACACUUACCUUGGAUGUACAUCGAAUGCCAAGAUCGACAGGGAAAUAGACAAAAGACUGGCCAAGGCAAACAGCGCUUUUGGCAGGCUCUACAAAAGAGUCUGGAAAAGCAAGCAAGAAGAAGGGCACCAAGAUUAG